CAAAGAUGGCCGAACUUAACUGAGUAUCAACGGUACACUAUUCGUUUAUGUUCAUUUUCGUAGUUGUUCAUGUGUUUCUCGAGUGGAGACUGUGGCCCUGGUAAGAUUUUUUGGGAGAUGGCUGGUUGGGGAGGAUUUUCAGAGGAAGAGCUCCGGAGGUUGCAAAAUAAAGAUAUGACUGCCCCAGGUGCCUCUGGUCGUGGCAGGAGAACAGCUCCUAAUAACCGGAGCCGCCAGCAGCUGCAGCGUGAGAAGGCCCUUCAAAUGGCCGUUCAGCAGAAUGGUUCUAAUUCGUUGCUACCUGACCAGCAGCUCAUGAAGCCCAAAGUGCAAGUCCACAGUCACAAUGUACAGAAAAGCCUGGAGCCAGAGGAGACACCUCAGGAAACCUCAGGGACCUCUGGAAAACCACAGUUGCAUGACAGUGGUCCAGUAACAGAUGCUCAAAUGCUCUCUGAUGAUGUACUAGUGGCCACGGAGCUGGACAAACAGGAGGUCGAAUUAAGAGAAAAAACUCGACUGGAAAAGCUUCAGCUGGAGCAGAAGGUGAUGGAAGAGAAGAAUAAGCGCAAGAAAGCACUUUUGUCAAAAACCAUUGCUGAAAAGUCUAAAAGAACACAGGCAGAAGCUGUCAAACUAAAGCGAAUUCAGAAGGAGCUUCAAGCCCUGGAUGACAUGGUGUCCAGUGACAUUGGAAUUCUGCGUGGACGAAUUGAAGAGGCCAGCUGGGACUACUCCACAGCAAGAAAGCGAUAUGAGAAGGCAGAGGCAGAGUUUGUGGCUGCAAAGCUUGACCUGCACAAAAAGACAGAGCUGAAGGAGCAGCUGACAGAGCACCUUUAUGCCAUCAUUCAGCAGAAUGAGCAACGCAAAGCCCAUAAGCUGGAGGAGCUGAUGCAGCAGCUGGAAGUCCAGACCAAUGAUGAGGACCUUGAGCUUGAGAUCCAGGUGGAGAGGUUGCUGGAGGAGGCAGAAGCCCAGGGAGAAAAGCCACAGGUGGCGGCUGCUGCUGGUGAGGGCAGUUCUGAUGCUGCUCCCCACCAGGAAAUGCCCCACACAGAUGAUUUGCACGCUGAAGUAAAGACAAGCGACUCCACUUGUAAAAGCCAGGAUGCUUCUCCUGUCCAGAAACCUCCAGGGAGUGAGGCAGCGGCAUCUGGCUUGUAAGGCCCUUACAAGGUCUUUCCUUGCCUUGCAACUAUAGUAAGCUCACACAAACACUGACUGCACUGAGAGUAAUUGAUGUGCGAUAAGCAACUAUGGCAUUGUACAAUCCAUGAUCUCUGCUGAGUUCCCCUCUGCUCUCUUACAGAAUGGUGUCCUAAAGUACAUCAUGCUGCUCAAAAGUUUACUGUCUGAUAAGACCUGAUGCCAAAGUAUCAGUCAUUUUGCACAUAAGUGAUCUGUGUUGUUCAUAGCAUGCCUUCAUUUUGAUGAAUUUCUGUCAAAUUCCAUUUACAGUGUUUGUUACACACAAUAGAUUAGUUUUUGCAGAUCUGUUUCUUCAUGGAUAUGAGUCGGAUUUUGUUUCCUUUUAAGGUGCUGUACAAAAAUACUGUCUCUUUGUGGGAGACAAGUUUUGUACACUUAGCCUUUGAAUAAACACACUGCGUAAUAGAAGAGGCAAAUGGGGAAAUGUUUAAAUAUUUUUUGUAGAAAAUUUUCUAGACCUUGUUAAUUUUCUUAACACAUUUGAAAAGCUCUGAAAUUUUUACCAAGUGUUUUUCAGCAUAGUCUUCCAGGAUAUGGAAAGGUGUGUCAUUUGUACCUAAAUGUAAAUAUUUUACAGUGGCUAUAACAGAACAGCCAUUUUGUUUUGCAGUCACUCUUAAAAGAAAUGCACUUUAGUAUGACUGCUUGCUGUGAUUUGUUACAUACUGUACAAUAUAUAUUUGUGGGAUGUUCAGCUUUGGGCAAAGGAUAUUCAGCCUUGAUACAAUGUGUAAUAUUUGUUUUAUGGUUUGGUUCAUCACAAAAAUUGUUUCAUCUUGGUUUUUGAGGUGGUAAAAUUCUUUUUGU